AUGGCUGACAUGUCCCUGGUGUCCUAUGUGCCAAAGAAAGGCAAGAAUGUUCUUCUGAUGAGUACAUUGCACAGGAAUGGGAAAAUCUGUGGCCAAAAACCACAGAUCAUCAUGGACUACAGUGCCACAAAAGGAGGGGUGGACAACAUGGACAAGCUGGUGACUGCUUACAGCUGCAAGAGGACACUACGCUGGCCACUGGUGAUUGUCUUUGACAUGUGCAAGUGCAAUCUUCAUGCCAACACCUGUGUAUUUGACAAAGAGAAGCUGAGCUGCGAGUGUGAACACAAUACGACUGGGCCUGACUGUGGCCGCUGUAAGAGGAAUUAUCAGGGACGAGCAUGGAGUGCUGGCUCCUACCUGCCCAUUCCCAAGGGCACGGCUAAUGUCUGUAUUUCUAAUAACAUCGGUCCAGUUAACUGUGAAUGCUUCAGCCACUCCAACCGAUGCAGCUACAUUGAGCUGCUAAAUACCGUCAUUUGCGUGAGCUGUAAGCACAACACUAGGGGCCAGCACUGCCAGCUAUGCAAGCUGGGCUACUACCGCAAUGCCUCAGCAGAACUGGAUGAUGAAAAAGUGUGCAUAGAGUGUAAUUGUAAUCCAGCUGGCUCCGUCAGUGAACACUGUAAUGCCACAGGAUUUUGUGUAUGUAAGAAGGGCGCUACAGGGCCUAAGUGUCAGGAGUGUCUACCCGGCUAUUUGUGGGACAAUGGCUGCAAAUCCCAGGUGUGUGACAACGAACUCAUGCGCUGCCAAAAUGGUGGAGUCUGUGUCAGCAAUGUCCACUGCAGGUGUCCUUCAGCCUACACAGGCCUACUGUGUGAGAAGCGCCGCUGCGAGCCGGAGCUGGGGGGCUGCAGGGACCCUAACUCAGGCCAGGGCCCCUUGAUGCCUUCAUCCUUCCUCAGGAUGGUGCUGCUACUGCUGGGUUCAGCACUGCUGAGAGAGUCCAUCUGCUGGCCUGUCAUGCUCUAAAAAGACUCAUGAUCUGGUGGAAGCGAUGCAUUUGGCACCACCUCCACCCUUACCCUCCCACCCCUUUCAAAUGAUCAACAAACGUUAAACAAGAACAGCUAUGAGCUUAGUGUACUGAGCUUCUGCCAGACGUGGCAACUAGAGCUGAUGAAAAAGGAAUGAGACAAAUGAGUGCAAAGACUUCAUUUAAUUUCAAGAAUUAUGCUGUAUAGAAAUGGAAAAACAUGCCUGUAAGAAUGCCAGACAUGAUUUAAAAAACAGAGAAACUUGUCUAAUAAGAGUAGGUGCAAAGAACAGUAGAACUCCCUGCCCCUAUAAGCCAUACCAGCUAUCUGAGCUCCUUUGACUUUGAGAAGGGAAAAAUGAAGAUUGACUUGUUCACUUCCUUUUUCACUGUCACAGCAACAGCAGCUGUGACCAGUCAGCUCUUGUGCAAGCUGACAAUGGCUGCUGAUCCCCCAGAGUGCUUCUGUGAGUUAAUUUUGGCUGAACUGAUGCUGAAAUAAAAGAAAUCUCAUAGAAAUCGUCCCCACUGAAUGGCAAAGACUGGCAAAGGAGGGGGGAACACAGAAAUCAUUCUUUGCUGUCAGUGCAUUGUGGACAGAGAGAAAUCUGCCCUGACACACAGACUCAUCUCAAUCCCUCUCCAGUUUUCAGUCCCUCCAUUUAGCACUGUCUCAUCUUCCCUCCCUGUCCCUCCUUGCCAUGCCGCCUGGCCUGUGCUUUUGUAACAUUACUGUAUAACCUUGUUGGUUGAAAGAAUUUGUCUGAUGUUAGUGAUGCACACAUGUAAGAAGCACCCCCCUUCCCUCUUCCAAAAAGAAACUCCAAUACCUCCAGGGGUGGUAUUUAGGAUUUUUCGCCUAACUGUGAUUGAAAGAUGGUGACCUUUAUUAAGACAUUCCGAUGGAGAUGCAGAUGUCUAUGGUUUUCUUUUCUAUCUCGUGCAUUCACAUUUUACUUGUUUGUUUUGUUUAUUUGUUUACACUACAUUUUAGUUGUGCAGUUGGUUAUCCUUUGUAUUGGCAAUGUGCUGGCAUCAAAGGAUAUCAGUUUACACAUACAUAUUAAUAAAGUCUAAUAAAAUUCC